UUCUCUCUCUCUCUCUCUCUCUCUCUUCUCAACCCACAAAGCUAAAGUCUCUCUCUAUCUCUCCCUCCAUGGCCUGUAAAUCUCGUAUCUUUCUUCUCCUCUGCUUUCUCAUUAUCUUCAUCAAUUCAACAUUUUCUCUAGAAUCAGGAAUAGACUGCACCGGUCGCUGGAUCCACAUCAGACGCCUGCCUUCACGCUUCAAUCUUGAUCUUCUCACUAACUGCUCUGCAUACCCUCUUUUUGACAAUUUCUGCCCUUAUCUCACCAACCAUGGCCUUGGCCCCAAGACCCACAACCGCUCUCAGUCUUGGUACCGCUCCGAUCCUCUCUUGCUCGAGGUCACCUUCCAUCGCCGGAUGCUCGAGUACCCAUGCCUAACCGCUGAUCCCAAUCUAGCCAACGCCGUCUACUUGCCUUACUAUGCAGCAAUCGAUGCAUUGAGGUAUCUUUAUGGUCCUAAUGUCAACACUAGCAUGGAACACGGGCUUGAAUUGUUAGACUUUCUUCAAGAAAAUGAUGCUAGGAUAUGGGGAAGACGUAACGGGAUUGAUCAUUUUCUGGUUAUGGCUCGUCCAGCCUGGGAUUUCUCGCAGUCCUUGUAUGUUGACCCUCCUGUGUGGGGCACUUCGUUUCUCGAAUUGCCAGAGUUUUAUAAUGUCACCGCUUUGGUUGUUGAGGGCAGGGCUUGGCCUUGGCAGGAACAGGCUGUGCCUUACUUGACUUCAUUUCACCCUCCAACUUUGGCCCUGUUCGACUCUUGGAUCAAACGCGUUAAGGGUUCCAGAAGAACCACGUUGAUGCUUUUUGCAGGCGGAGGAGGGGUCGGCGCCACCUUAAAUAUCAGGAGGAGCAUCAGGAACGAGUGUGAAAAUGGCAGCGAUAGUGCCAGUUUUUUAGUCAGUCGAGGAUAUAGCUCUCUCUACUACACCAAGGUGUGUGAUUUAGUGGAUUGCUCUAAUGGGAUUUGUGAGCACGACCCAAUCAGGUAUAUGAGACCAAUGUUACAAGCCACCUUUUGUCUGCAGCCUCCAGGGGAUACCCCAACUCGGAGGUCUACUUUUGAUGCCAUCGUUGCAGGGUGUAUACCGGUUUUCUUCGAGGAACAGUCUGCAAAAACGCAAUACAGGUGGCACUUGCCGGAGGAAAUGUAUGGGGAUUUUGCAGUGUUUAUACCCAAAGAGGAAGUGGUGUAUAAAGGGUUGAAGAUUUUGGACGUGCUUAUGGGAAUUCCUAGAGCUCAAGUGAGGAGGAUGAGGGAGAAAGUUAUAGACUUGAUGCCAAGAGUUGUGUAUAGGAAGCAUGGAAGUUCCUUUGGUUUAAGAGCCAAGAAGGAUGCAUUUGAUAUUGCAAUUGAAGGUGCUUUGGAGAGGAUCAACUCUAGGCUUAAAGGAAGAGAUUUUGAUCAAUGACUAGUUCUCAUUCUUUAUUGUCUGUUGUAAUUAUUGUAAUUCGCUGUUCUUCAUCUUCUUUCUUGCUGAUAAAUUGCAGAGAAAAAUAGAUUAUUAUUAUUAUUAUUAUU